GAUGAGUUCCCUAGUGCUUUAGAAUUGUUAAAAUCCUUAUGAAGCAUACCACUGAAGAUGAAGUUCAAAGAUUUGGCUUUUAUUAUUAUAUUAAUGAUUUUAGGAGAACUCUAUGCAGAAGAGAAACGUUGUGAUUUUCCUACUGUGGAAAAUGGAAGACUCGCCCAAUAUUACUAUACUUUUAAGAGUUUUUACUUCCCAAUGAGCAUAGACAAAAAAUUGCCAUUUUUCUGUAUGGCUGGCUACACAACUGAAAGUGGGAAACAAGAAGAGCAAAGCAGAUGUACAGCAGAAGGCUGGUCUCCAGAACCAAGGUGCUUCAGAAAAUGCACUAAGCCUGACCUAACAAAUGGUUAUGUCUCUGAUGUAAAAUUCUUAUAUAAAAUCAAAGAGAAUAUGCGUUAUGGUUGUGCUUCUGGAUACAAAACCACUGGCGGGAAGGAUGAAGAAGUGGUCCAGUGUCUUUCUGAUGGAUGGUCUUCUCAACCAACCUGUAGGAAGGAGCAUGAAACGUGUUUGGCCCCUGAAUUACAUAAUGGAAAUUAUUCCACAACACAGAAAAUAUUCAAAGUGAAGGAUAAAGUGCAAUACGAAUGUGCUGCUGGCUACUACACGGCCGGAGGCCAGCAAACUGAGGAGGCUCAAUGCCACACGUAUGGAUGGUCUCUCACACCGAAGUGCACCAAAUUAAAGUGCUCUUCUUUAAGAUUAAUAGAGAAUGGCUAUUUUCAUCCUAUAAAGCAAACCUAUGAAGAAGGAGAUGUAGUUCAGUUUUUCUGUAAUGAAAAUUAUUAUCUAAGUGGACCUGACUUAAUUCAGUGCUAUAACUUUGGUUGGUACCCAGAAUCUCCUGUAUGUGAAGGAAGAAGAAAUAGAUGUCCUCCUCCGCCUCUGCCCCUAAACUCCAAAACUGGAAAAUAUUCAACAACUUAUCGUCAUGGAGAAAUAGUUCAUAUACAAUGUGAACUUAAUUUUCUGAUUCAGGGGUCAGAAGAAAUACGUUGUGAAAAUGGAAAGUGGACAGAACCUCCAAAAUGCAUUGAAGAAAAGGAGAAGGUGGCCUGUGAGGACCCACCCUUUGUGGAGAAUGGUGCAGCAAACCCACACUCUGAGAUUUAUCACAGUGGGGAUAAAGUGACAUACAGAUGUGACAGAGGCUACCAUAUCCGUGGAUCAAAUGAGAUAACUUGUAAUCGUGGAAAAUGGACAGUUCCCCCUGAGUGUGUUGAAAAUAAUGAGAAUUGUAGGCCUCCACCUAAUGUAACAAAUGGGGCUGUUGUUGGUGUGUUAUUGCCAAGUUACACAACGGGAUCCUCAGUGGAAUACAGAUGCAAUGAAUAUUACUUAUUGAGGGGAUCAGAAAUAUCUCACUGUGAACAAGGAAGAUGGUCAUCUCCACCUAUUUGCUUGGAACCAUGCACUGUUAAUAUGGAUUAUAUGAACAGAAAUAACAUAGAAAUGAAGUGGGCCUAUGAAGGAAAGGUCUUGCAUGGAGAUUUAAUAGAUUUUGUAUGUAAACAAGGAUACGAAUUGCCUCCAUCAACCCUGCUGUCUGGGUUGUCUGUGCAGUGCAGUCGGGGAGAAGUGAAAUAUCCUUUAUGUGUCAGAAAAGAAUCUAAAGGGACGUGUACAUCUCCUCCACUUAUUAAAAAUGGAGUCAUUAUUAGUUCAGCAGGAGGCAUCUUUGAGAAUGGUUCCUCAGUAGAGUACAGAUGUUUUGAUCAACAUUUCCUGCAAGGACCUAGGGAGGCCUAUUGUGUAGAGGGAGUAUGGACUACACCACCGUUGUGCUUAGAACCUUGCACAUUAUCUUUUGUUGAAAUGGAAAGGAAUAAUUUACUCUUGAAGUGGAAUUUUGAUAAUAGACCAUACAUUUUCCAUGGCGAGUAUAUUGAGUUUCUUUGCGGGAGGGACACUUAUGUAGCUGACUCAUCAUCCUUUAUGGACUCUGAACUUAGAGUGCAGUGUGACAGAGGGCAGCUGAAGUAUCCAAGGUGUAUUCCAAGAGACAGGAUUCUAUCUUAUCAAGAACCCUUAAGGACAUGAAAAUGAAUGGCAAAAAGAAUAGUAUUUCAACACAGCAUUAAAUCUCUUUAAAAACAAGUUUUAGAAGGAAUAUAUUGAAUUAAAAAGUCUUAAAUGUUGACUUGCUGGAAGACAUGAAUCUUACUUUUUUGUGCUGAACAUUUUCUUUAUUUGUAAAUAAAAGUCAAAAUGUUUCAUUUUACUUUGGAUGAUCUGACAUGUAGCAUAUCAUUUAUUGCAUAUCUUUAACCUGUUAUAAACCAUCUAUACAUCAAAAUAUUUGUUUCCUAAUGCCCAAGGACUAGACUAUAUUAUUGUCUUCCAUAUAUGUGCAAAAAUUUGCAUUCACAUUUGUCUUUAUCCUUUUCAUUCAUAUUAGGGCUUUCUGUUACUUUCAAUGCAAUAUAUUUGUAAGGGCAAAGAACCAAACACACUAUGGAAGGAAAAUAUUUUAUAUGAGAAGAUUUAUUUUAUUAAAUGCAGAAGAGACUGUCCUUCAGACUGUCGAAUUUUUUAAAAAAGUUUUAAAAUUAAUUGUAACUCAAGUGGUUCGAAGACCAAGGAAUUAGAUCAUAAACUGCAACUGCUAGAAGAAAGAGGCUCAACACUCCAACAUAUUGGCACAGGCACUGACUUCCUUAACAAGACUCCUGAAGUACAAGAAAAAAAAAAACAAAAAACGAGAAUCAAUAAGUGAGAUAGCAUCAAAUUAAAGAGCUUCUGCACAGUGAAGAAAGCAGUUCAAAGUGUGAGGAGAGAGCAAGCCUACAGAAAGGGAGACCGUCAUUCUUCUGUUUGAAGUAAUAGCUAUACUUUAAUCUUCUGAUUUGUUUAUUGUGAAGCCUACUGAUUUUAAUAUUUCGGAGAGAGAUAAAAAUUUCCGUGGACGAUAUAGUUCAAAGCUGCCUGUUUGCAAAUGUUUAAUGCCAAAGAAAUAGAAGUGUGAAAAGUACAACAGUGAAAUCAAGUGCAAGGUAAAAAUGGUGGCACGUUCAAAGUUUGGCGAUUGGGGAUAUGAUAAGGUACAACAAAGGAGACUCUAAAGGGAUGGCUGAACUGGUUCAGCGAAAAUCAGAAGAGAUGAGACUAAAAAUACUGUUUGGGUACCACUGAUUUAUUGAUUACCUCAGAAAGAACAAACAGCAUCCAGUAUGAAACUGAGAAUGGAAGAAGUUGAGGAACGAAUGUAAGGUACAGAAAACAGAGACUUGAAUUUGGUGAGCUCGUCCAUAAGUGUGACUGUGAGUGCGGAGAUACGGAUAGAGGAGAUCUUUUUGAAUAAAAUGAGAGAAAUCUGAGCACGUUCAAAUUAAAGAGUCAGUAAAGAAGGACAGAGGGGAAAUUCUGCAUACCAGAUUUCAGAGGAUUCUUGAAAAAUGAGGUUAGCUGAAGUCAAAGGCACAAGCAAGGGCCUUACCUUUGUUGGGAGGAGGGACUGGAUUUGUGGCUAGAAAGAGGUCAUUUAUCAAUUCUGCUUUUCUGUGAAGGAGAGGAAGUCAGUGAUUGAGAAUGAGGAGGGGUAGGUGGAUGGGGAGAGAAGCUGAACGAAGAACAAUCCAGCAAGGUGAUUUGGCAAACUGUAAUAGUUUCAGAGAAUUAUCACUUAAUUAGAUGUAUGUGGUUUUGAGCAUGAUGUUACAAUAAUUAUCAUUUUGCUUUUUAAAGAACUUUAUGUUGUGAGAUAAUUUUCAUCAUGAUGAAUAUGAAAGCAAACUUUGCCCAGUUAAUUUGCCAUCAUUCCUGUACAGGAACACUACAUCAAAGAUCAAGGAAUCACUAACCUGAUGAUCACCCUAGGGUACUCCAAAGCUUAGAAGGCUGCGGCCUGGUUCUGCAAAGAGGAAAUUUAAUUUUUCAAAGGGAAGUUAAGAAUUCAUACUUAUCUGACUUUUUCUUCAUAAAAAAAAAAAGAUCAAAAUGCUGGAUAACAUUAUACAUUAAAAUUGAAUUAGGGCAACCCAGCAUGAUUCCUUUGAGGA